AUGCGUCGUGGUCUGCUAGUCACAUUCCUUUCGAGUCUUGCUUGUACCUCAAAUCUAAUGCGUCCAAAUGAGCAGAGCGAGCGAGGGAGCGGAACAGCUACAGCCUCUGGUGUUGUCAUUGCUGCUUCUGCUGCUGCUGCCACUGCUGCUGGUUCUGUCGUGAUCACCAACUCAAAACGCCAUGUUGGGCGUUAUCCCUUCUGUGUAAUGCGGACACUAGUCUACCAAAUCGCUUGGAUUAUUAGCCGCCUGUUCAGUGUCAUCAUUGCCUUGUGGACCCACGGAACGACCGCUGGUGAGGACGAAUUGUAA